AUUGCAGAGACAAUAAAGAUUCUCUAUCAUUCCCUUAUCAUUCUUCCCUCAAGUACUCUGAUCCAUCCCCCCCUCUCUCUCUCUCUCUCAAAUUUUAUAAGUCCUAGCUAAAUUAUGGGGACAAUGAUGAAUUUGUUUGCAGUGGUAGCAUUGCUGCUGCUGCUGCAGCCAUUUCUCUUAUGGGCAGUGGACAUUCAUCAAAUAAGACAAGUUGCAGCUAAACACAAUGUAACUUGUGUUUUAAUUUUUGGAGAUUCAAGUGUUGAUCCUGGAAACAACAACCGUCUUUCCACCUCCAUGAAAAGCAACUUCCUUCCUUAUGGAAGAGACUUCUUUAAUGGCCGCCCCACGGGGAGGUUCUCUAAUGGAAGACUUGCUACAGACUUCAUAGCUGAGGCAAUUGGUUAUACAAAAGCAAUUCCAGCCUUUCUUGACCCUAAUGUAAAGGCAAUAAAUUUAUUACAUGGCGCUAGUUUUGCAUCUGCUGCUUCUGGUUACGAUGACCUCACUGCAAAUCUCUCAAAUGUGUUGCCCGUUUCUAAGCAGCUGGAGUACUUCAAGCACUACAAGCUUCACCUGGAUCAGUUGGUAGGCAAGCAAAAGGCUGACAAUACAAUAAGAAAUGCUAUUUUUGUUGUGAGCAUGGGCACCAAUGAUUUUCUUCAAAAUUAUUACUUGGAACCAAUUCGCUCCAAGCAAUUCACUGUGGAAGAAUACCAAAAUUACUUGGUGUCCCGUAUGGUCGAGAAUUUCAAGGAAAUGCAUAGACUGGGAGCCACUAGAUUGAUUGUUGUUGGAGUGCCUCCUUUGGGCUGCAUGCCACUUGUCAAGACGCUAAAGGAUGCAAAGACAUGUGAUCAAAAUUAUAACCAAGUGGCCUUCUCAUUCAAUUCCAAGCUACAAGAGAAGCUAGCCAUACUCAGGAAAACAUUAGGGAUUAAAGAUGCAUAUGUUGAUUGCUAUACAAUAAUUAAAAAUGCUGUGGAUAGCCCCAAAGAAUAUGGUUUAGUGGAGACUUCGAAGGGUUGCUGUGGAUCAGGAACUACAGAAUAUGGCAAUUCAUGCAGAGGCAUGAACACUUGUGCUGAUGCAUCCAAGUAUGCAUUUUGGGAUGCUGUUCAUCCAACAGAAAAAAUGUACCAAAUUAUUGCUGAAGAAGCUAUGAAAUCUCUCAAUGAAGCACUCUUGCGAUAAGGAUAUCUGCCUUAUUAGGCUGCAGUCUAUGUGUGGCUUCAUAUUAAUUGUUCAUUUGUCAUGUAUUAAUUGGAGUUAAUUGAAACGUGUUUAUAUAGUUUAAAUGCCAAGAUCGAGUGUUUGAUUAAUAUUUAAAUAAUAAGAAAAACUUAUUUAGACUUAA